UUCUGUCCAGCACUCACCCGGCUUCUUGUCCCAAGCUUUCUGGAAGGAAGUUUGACCAAGAUCGACCAUGACAACUUACAGCGACAAAGGCCCAAAGCCUGAGAGAGGCCGAUUCCUCCACUUCCAUUCCGUGACGUUCUGGGUUGGCAAUGCCAAACAGGCUGCCUCCUUCUACUGCAACAAGAUGGGCUUUGAACCGCUGGCCUACAAGGGCCUGGAAACAGGGUCCCGGGAGGUGGUCAGCCAUGUGAUCAAGCAAGGAAAGAUUGUCUUUGUCUUCUCCUCGGCACUCAACCCCUGGAACAAAGAGAUGGGCGAGCACCUGGUGAAACACGGUGACGGUGUAAAGGACAUCGCCUUCGAGGUGGAGGACUGCGAGCACAUCGUGCAGAAAGCUAGAGAACGAGGGGCCAAAAUCGUGCGGGAGCCCUGGGUGGAGCAGGACAAGUUUGGGAAGGUGAAGUUUGCUGUGCUGCAGACGUACGGGGACACCACUCACACUCUGGUGGAGAAGAUGAACUACACCGGCCGAUUCUUGCCUGGAUUCGAGGCCCCGAUAUCCAAGGAUCUCUUGCUUCCCAAGCUGCCCAAAUGCAACCUGGAGGUCAUCGAUCACAUCGUAGGAAACCAGCCUGACCAGGAGAUGGCGUCUGCCUCGGAAUGGUACCUGAAGAACCUGCAGUUCCACCGCUUCUGGUCGGUGGACGACACCCAGGUGCACACGGAGUACAGCUCUCUGCGCUCCAUUGUGGUGGCCAACUAUGAGGAAUCCAUCAAGAUGCCCAUCAACGAGCCAGCGCCUGGCAAGAAGAAGUCCCAGAUCCAGGAAUAUGUGGAUUACAAUGGGGGUGCUGGGGUCCAGCACAUCGCUCUCAAGACUCAGGACAUCAUCUCUGCGAUCCAGCACUUGAGAGACAGAGGCAUGGAGUUCUUAGAAGUGCCAUCAACGUACUACAAGCAGCUUCGGGAGAAUCUCAAGUCAGCCAAGAUCCGGGUGCAGGAAAGCAUCGACACGCUGGAGGUGGGGCCCACGCCCGGCUGA